CUUUUGUACAGCGGUCAGCCGCCAUACUUGAUGCCGAUAUCUUGUGCUGAAGAAGCAGCAAUUUCUUUACAAAUUAGAAAUCUAAUUGAUCAAUAUUUAUUAGUUAUUCAAACCAUGACCGUUUGUGUAUAUUGAAAUAGUGCUAGAUAAAUUUCAAUAACUGCUUGAUAAUGGGGCGUUAUGACCGUCGAAGAUCGAGAUCAAGGUCGCGAGACAGAAGGGACCGGGACAGAGACCGGUAUGGGGACCGCGACCGGGACAGGCGACGGGAUCGCAGUCGCAGCAGGGAGCGAUUCCGCGGGGGGCGUGGCCUGGGAGGCGGGGGCGGAGGCCGACGGAAUCAAGCCGGUGCCAGUCUCAGGAAACCGCGCUGGGAUCUCAGCCGACUGGAGCCGUUCAAGAAAGAGUUCUACUCGCCGCAUGAUGAUGUGGUCAACAGACCAGUUGAAGAAGUAGAAAAGUUUAGAAAAGACAAAGAGAUUACUUUGAAAGGAAAGAAUAUACCUGACCCGGUGCUAUCAUUUGAAGAAGCCAACCUCCCCGACUACGUCAUGAAGGAAUUGGACCGAUUAGGCUUCAAACAGCCCACAGCCAUCCAAUCACAGGGCUGGCCAAUCGCUCUCAGUGGGAAGGAUAUGGUGGGAAUUGCCUCAACUGGAUCUGGAAAAACGAUGGCUUACAUCAUUCCGGCAUUGGUGCAUAUACGCAACCAAUCGCGCCUGCAAAGGGGAGACGGUCCCAUUGCCCUGAUCCUCUCUCCCACCAGGGAGCUCGCCCAACAGAUCCAGCAAGUGGCCAAAGAUGUGGGGGAGACAUCAGACAUCAGAAAUACGUGCAUUUUUGGAGGCGCACCAAAAUCAGGACAGCUGAGAGACCUGGACAGGGGAGUUGAAAUCUGUAUAGCAACGCCAGGCAGACUGCUGGACUUUCUUGAGAGCGGACGUACCAACCUGAAGAGGUGCACCUACCUUGUAUUGGAUGAAGCUGACAGAAUGCUCGACAUGGGCUUCGAGCCACAGAUACGCAAAAUUAUUGAGCAGAUACGGCCUGACAGACAGGUUCUGAUGUGGUCCGCCACGUGGCCAAAGGAAGUGAGGAAUUUGGCUGAGGAAUUCUUGAAAGAUUACACUCAGGUGAACAUUGGAUCGUUGCAGCUCUCAGCCAAUCACAACAUACUUCAAAUUGUGGAGAUUUGCCAUGAGAGUGACAAAGAGUACAAAUUGAGUUCACUUCUGAAGGAUAUAAUGUCAGAGAAAGAGAACAAAACCAUUGUUUUCAUUGAACGGAAGAAGAGGGUGGAUGAGAUUACACGAAAGAUCAAACGCGAUGGAUGGUCAGCUUGCUGUAUCCAUGGCGACAAAACUCAAAGCGAAAGAGAAUAUGUUUUAUCUGAUUUUCGAAGUGGACGGUACCCAAUCCUAGUAGCUACAGAUGUCGCUGCGCGUGGACUAGAUGUGGAGGACGUUAAGUUUGUGAUCAACUUUGACUACCCGAACAACUCUGAGGACUACGUGCAUCGCAUCGGUCGCACAGGUCGCUCGCAGCGUACAGGCACCGCCUACACCUUCUUCACCAACAACAACGCCAAGCAGGCGGCCGACCUCAUCGCUGUGCUCAAAGAGGCCAACCAGACUGUCAACCCCAAGCUCGUCGACUUGGCUGACAACUUCAGGGGCGGACGAGGAGGCAGAUACGGUCGGUGGCGCGGACGGGGUGGCAGAGGUCGCGGCGGCCGUAGUCAGUCGGCCAGUCCGGUCGGCCGUCGCAGUCGCUCGCGGUCACGAUCACGAUCACGCUCGCCCGACUCCAGGUCGAGCCGCAGCCGCAGUCGCGACUCGAGUCGCUCCAGUCGCCGCAGCUUUUCGAGCAGUCGCAGCCGCUCGCCGACGCCCGAGAAGGACAGAGAUCGCGGCAAGCGUCGUGACCGUCGUCGCCGCGACCGGAGUCGCAGUCGCACGCCGCAGCGGUCGUCCAAUCGAGAAGGCAAGUCCAAGCCUUCCACUUGUUUGGCACAAGAGUCGAAUGGUGCCGGGCGUUCAAGCAGCCACGCCAAUGCGACCGGACCAGAGGCGGCCCCUCCACUACAACAUCCUCCACCUCCCACUCCUUCGCUUCCCCACCCUACUCCUCCUCCACAACCUCCUCAGCCACCUCCUGUUGCUGUAGCCACUCACUUUCCUACAGCUCCGCAGCCUCCUGUUGCUGUCUCCAAUCACCUUCCUCCACCUCAGCCACCUCCUGUUGCUGUCUCAAAUCACCUUCCUCCUCAUCCUCGACCACCUCCCACUGUAUCCAAUCAUCAUCAUCAUCCUCCUCAACCACCUAUCCCUGUAUCCAAUCGCCUUCCUCCCCCUCCUCAGCCACCUAUCCCUGUAUCCAAUCGCCUUCCUCCCCCUCCUCAGCCACCUAUCCCAAACCAUCAUCAUCAUCAUCCUCACCCACCUCCACAGCCACCACCACCUAUUCCUAUACCAAACCAUCAUCUAUCUCUCCCUGUAUCUAUUCGCCCACCUCCCCUCCCGCCUCUUCCGCCCCUCUCCCACCCGUUCCCCCCUCCGCAAACUGCCCCCAACCGCCUCUUCCACCCCUCCUUUCUAUCGGCUCCUCCUCCACCUCCUCCUCCAUCCACCUACCCUCUUCGCUAGUCUUCUCUCUCCCAUCCGCUUUAUUAAGAUGGAGACGUGGUGCUGAAGAGAUAUUGGAGUGGGAGUACGGCAGACCGUUGACCGAACAAAACAAACAAUGCGUCUUCACUUGGUUUCCGAAACUUAAUCAAGUAGAUAUAUCUUCUAUAGUUCACUAUUUUUUAGUCAUAAUUUAUUCAAUCUUUGUUCACCUACCUUUUGUUGAAUGUACUUGUAAGUUUCAUACCGUACCUAAUUUAAAUACUCACUCUUUCAACUGGAACAAUAUGAACUCAAAAUUGUAGUUGAAUUUUAAUUUGGAUUGCUCUCAAUUUAUUGUUAUCAAAUGAUUGUUGAAAGUCUGCAUAAUCAAAUUUCUAUACAUGUGUAUUGGCCAUGAUUGUUCAAUACAGCUAUUCUAAUUAAUUUAUUUUAAGUGUGUUAGACUUCGAAAACACAUUUGUGAUUAAUAUAUUUAUCUAUUUUUAAUUUGACUAUCUUUAUAAUAAUAAUAAUUCUUAACAACGGAGACGGAACCCAUUUUAUCAACUCCACACAAUACAAUAUUAAUCAUAAUAUUGAAUAAUUGUUGCUAAUGUAUUCAUUAUGAUCAGGGACAGUAGGUUGGACUUUGUCUUGAUACUGUUCAGCAAUGAUAUUAUAUCAAGCCAAUAACAUUCAGGAAUCAGUUUUUCAAGUGAAUAUUACAGGUAUUAUUAUUAUUAUUAU